AAAUCGCCUUUAUUCCCAUCACCGUCACCUCAUUGGACGUUUCCCCCGUCAGUCGGUUAUAUUUAUCGACACGUGAUUGGCUACCGCACGUGUCAAUCAGAAACAACGCGAUUUCAUUGGCUGAAUCCCAAGGACGCGAUGCGAGAGAUCAGCUGUGGAUCGUGCGCGUAGAGGCAACAAGUGGAUUUGGUGAUUUCGAGUGAAUUUGGCUCUUUAAAGAUCACAUUGCGAUGAUAAACAAAUGCGUUUAGACACAUAUACUGUUAAAGUCGUGUCUGGUGUAGAUUAAAUAAGUGGAAGAAGCCGUUAAAGUGGCGUUCGUGUUCUGGUAGGAGCGUUUAACGGAUUUAACGGUUACGUUUGCGCAGUUUGAUAACAUGCGCACGCGACCCGGCGGUUUAUCACAGGUGAUAUCACAGGUGAAACAGUAAUAAAGGUGAGCUCAGGAUGUCCGACUCUGGAUCAGAUGAGGACAGAGGCUCGACAGAGUCCGUCCGGAAGGGAUGUGACCCUCUCGUCUCAACCCAGCGCAGCAAACUGCAGCAGCGGAGAGCUAAACUCAACCAGCAGAUCAACCGGGAACUUCGUCUGCGGUCCGGAGCUGAAAAUCUCUACAGGGCCAGCAGUAAUCAGAAGGUGAAGGAAACUGUCGCGUUAGAACUGAGUUUUGUGAACUCAAACCUUCAGCUGCUCAAAGAAGAACUUGAGGAACUGAACAGCAGUAUGAACGUCUACCAGACUGAGAGUGAGACCGUCAGUGUUCCCAUGAUUCCACUGGGACUGAAAGAGACUAAAGACAUUGACAUGACCGCCCCACUUCAGGAUUUCAUCAGUGAACAUUAUGGAGAGGACGCGUCUCUGUACCUGAAUGAGAUUCGGGACUUUAUGGAACUAAGACAGGCCAUGCGAACUCCCAGCAGGAAUGAGGCGGGACAGGAGCUGCUGACGGAAUAUUACAACCAGCUCUAUUUCUUGGAUCAGCGCUUCUUUUCACCACACAGAAAUCUGGGAAUUCAUUUUCACUGGUACGACUCACUGACCGGCGUGCCUUCGGUUCAGAGAGCGCUGGCGUUCGAGAAAGGGAGCGUUUUGUUUAACAUCGGAGCACUUUAUACUCAAAUCGGAGCCAGACAGGAUCGCUCAACGCUGACUGGCAUUCAGAACGCUAUCGAUGCUUUCCAGAGAGCGGCGGGUGCAUUUCUCUACCUGCAGGAGAAUUUCUCUCAUGCGCCCAGUCUGGAUAUGAGCAGCCCUGCGCUGAGCAUGCUGGUCCGUCUCAUGGUAGCUCAGGUUCAGGAGUGUGUUUGUGAGGAGGUCAUACUCAACAUGCAGGACAACAACCUGAAUAUGCUUCUGCAAGCUGCCCAGGAGGCAGCGAGGGUAUCAGAUGUGUAUUCUCUGGUUCUUCAGGCGAUGUCAGUGCCGUUGCUGAAGGACUACGUUCCCUUCUCCUGGAUCUCUAUGGUUCAGGUCAAAACGCAUCAUUUCAGAGCGCUGGCUCAUUACUAUACCGCUGUGGCGCUGUGUGACUGUCCAGGUAUGUCUGAUGAAGAUGAGGAUGAAGGUGGAGAGAUUAAAGCUCUCAUACAGAUUCACACCAGACGACCAGACAAACUUGAUCUUCAUGAUCCGGAGGACAAACGGAGACUCGGUAAAGCUCAUCUGCGUAAAGCCAUCAUACGUCACGAGGAAGCUCUGCGACUCCACGGAGUGUGUAAAAUGCUUCGAAAGAUGGACAUCCUACAGGAGGUUCUGUCACACGCUCAUGCGUGCUCGCUGGAGAAAUACUCUGAUAUCGAUCAGGAGGAUGAUUUCUGUGAGGUCGCAGAGGCUCCAGAGAUCCAGUCUCACACACAGCAGAAGCCUGACAUUAAAACUCCUGAUUUCAGUGUGGUCAGAGUGACCGAUAUCUUCCACCGACUGGGGCCACUCUCUGUGUUUUCUGCUCGAAACCGCUGGGUGCGGCGUCACGCGUGUUUGGUUCGAGGAGAGACGGGGCUCGGGCUUACGCUUCGAGGUGAUUCGCCAGUUCUGGUUGCUGGGGUGUUACCAGGGGGAUGCGCUGCGGAGGCGGGGCUCCGUGAGGGUGAUUAUAUCGUGGCUGUGAACGGCGCAGACUGCAGGUGGGCCGAACACGCUGAGGUUGUUCACGCGCUGAAAAGCUGCACAGACAGAGCACUAGAGCUGGACGUCAUCACUAUACAGUCACAUGAGGUUGAAAGAAGGAUGAAUCUCUCACCUACUGGAGAUAAGGAGUGUCAGUCGGGCAGUCAGAGGAGAGCGGGCCGGGAAUAUGAGCGCGGAUCCUCGUCUCUCUGGAACUGGAGCUGGAGGAGCAGCGGCGCCACCAAGAGACUCGGAAGCACGUUCAGUCUUUCUUUUGGUAACUUCAGAGAGAACGAAUCCAUGUUCUGAAAACGCAUGAGAAAAAGAAAGGAAGCAGAAGAAAAGCACUACUUUACUUAAUAGAGCACAAUUAUCAGAUACCAUUAUGUUUUAGGAGCUGAACAAAAACUAGUUGGUUUAGAUACAAAUUCUAGCACAUGCAUUUCUACAUGCUACAAGUCAUUCAGAGGAGCAAAAGAAAAAACCUGCCACAUGACCGGAGGAUGUUGUAAGACUUGUAGCGCAAUGCUAUAACAGUCCAGUGCUUUCAGAAAAUAGUGUCUCGCAUACAACUCCAGAAGGCAUUAUAGAAAUAUUUCUCACAAAAAUGAAAAUAUGCUGAACGUUUACUCACCCUCAGAUCAUCCCAGAUGCACAGGGGUUUGUUUCUUCAUCAGAUU